AUGGCGCUGCAGUCCUGGUCCCCGGAGCUGGGGUGUGGGGAGAAGGUGCUGCGACCCGCGGCGGUCUGCACCGGCCCCUCCCUGGAGCUGUGCACCUUCCCCUCCAGCCUGGGCUCCUCUGUGGCAGCCGCAGCGCUGGGGCAGCUCUUGGUUGUGGAACAAUCACUGCAAGGGGACUCUUUUAAAUGCAAUGAAGAAGCUAGGAUCUUUCUUAAGGACAUUGCUGUAGCUGUCAAGAAAUUGGAAGAAAUGAGAAAAACCACAAUUGAUCUUCUGGAAAUUGAAAGCAUGGAACUCAGCAGACUAUAUCAUCAAUUGGAAACUCUUCCCACUAAUGUUAACACAGAAUAUGAAGAGUGUGUCAGAGAUGCUCGCAGAUUAAACCUUCUUGAGAUGGAUCAAUUACAAAAGAAAAUUACAAGGAUGAAUAACGAAAUAGAGUUCCUGAAGGAGAGAACACUUGAUCUGAAAGACAUGAAUAAAGCUCUGGGUAAAAAGCAGGAGGAGCUGGCAAAGCAGCACGAAAAGUUUGUCCUGUCACUGAACAACAUGAUGGGGAAAAAAGCCGCUGCUAUUAUUUACAUCAAUGAGACUUAUACCAAAAUAAACAUGGAGAAAGAAGAAAUAAAAUUGCAAAGAAAAUACAUUCAAGAGAUAGAGGAGCAAACUGAAAAAGAAAGAGCAGAGUAUUUAAAAAGAAAAUCAAAGUUGAAUGAAAAAGUUUUUGAACAAGAAAACAUCUGUGAACUCAAGAGACAGAAUGCUUAUCAAAAGAAGAAAGAACUGGAUAAAUUAAGGCUUAAAGAGGCAAAUAUGAAACAAAAAGUGAAUACCACCACAGUGGUUCUUAGUGAUCACAAUGUAGAGAUAGAACAAGUACAAGAAGCAAUAAGACAUUGGGAACAAAAGAUUGAAGAAAUGAAGAAAGCCUGUGGUGUCCUGGAGGAUAAAAUGACUUUUUUUAAGAAGAGCAAGGAAAAACUGAAUGAUGCAUCUAAUACUGAAAAAAAUGAAUUAUUGCAGAGGAUAAAGGAGAUGGCUGAAAAAAUACACGGAAGUCAAUUAGAAAACAAAGAUCUACAAGAGAAAUUGGCUACUCUUUCCAGACAGUGUAAGAUAGUCAUACAGGAGGAGGAUAAAGUUUUUCUGCAGAAAAAGAAAAUCCACGAUGAGAAUCACAAACAGCUGGCGUUUAUCACUCAGAAAGAGAACUUCCUGUCGCAAAGGAAAGUAGACAUCAAAAAUAUGGAAGAAGGACUCCACACGCUUGCUGAGCUUCUCCGGGCAACAAAGGAAGUCUACCGGAAACAGAUAAGAGUCCUCAAUGAUAACCUGGAAAGAGAACGUCAGAGAUGUAUUAUAACUCAAUGGAAAAUAGCUUGCCUGAAAAGAACACAUAGACGUUGGCUUUUCAAAAUGCAAAUUGAAUUGCAACUCCUUAUAGAUAAAAUUAAGGCCGCAGAAGCGAGACGCAGUGCUUUAUUAGAAGAGACCAGUUCUAGAGAAAAAGAGAUCGCUGACUAUUUGGUACAGAUUGAAAAAAUUACGUUAGAAUUAAAGCAAGAGGAGGAGGAAUUCAUCGUCAAAGAAAAAAAGUUAAUUCAAGAGUUGACCAAGUAUGAGGAAAAAUAUGUUCAGGGAACAGCAAGCACCAAAAUAAAGGAAGAUGAACUAGUCGAGUGCCUUCCCUAUCUUCAAGUGGCAGAAGAAGAAUAUAAGAUCAAAAACAAAAAGUGUGACGAGCUCAAUAGCAUUAUCACAGCACAAAAGGAGGAACAGGAUUUGCUGGAACAACGCAUUUCUCAACUGACAAGAGAUUUUUCAAGAUACGUUAACAACAUGGAUAAAGUGAAGGAGGAAUUAGAACAAUUACGAGAUCAAGAAAACCAAAAAAUCAAAACUCACUUUGAAGUUCUGAAGAACCUAGAAAAUGAAAUCUAUGCACAUGACCUAAAAACAGAUGCUUUGCUCCUGGAAAAUAAAAAAUUAAAAGAACACAUUGCACGCCUGAAGAAUAAGAUACAGCAGUACGCUCAGGGAGAAGAAGCCCUCUUGCACGUCUCAAGUGACAUGUCUUGGCACCUGAUAGCUCAUCACACACGAUAUUUGGAUUUGUGGGCUGAAUUCCAGAUUACUGUCAAGGGAUUUGUACGCGAUGGCGUCGAGACCUUGCAAGAAAUAAAAUGUCUGAUAGACAAACUGCACGAAAGAGACGAAAAGAUUGAGCGCAUCAGUGUUUGGUUACAAGGGAACCUGGAGGAGUUGCGUCAUCUAGCCACGGCGGAGAUUCCUGUAAAGAACAAAGAAAGACGUAUCAAAAAAGCCUGUUUCCCGUUUGCCGAAAUACUGCAAAAAAACACAUUAACAAAAUAACUUCAAGGAUACAACUGCUGUGAAUUCAAAAGGCAUAAACUACAGAAAAAGUGAGUGUACUUUUUUUUCACAAUUUGCACCUGUCAACAGAAGUCUUAAAGUUUGAAACUGAACAAA